CAGAGUGCGGGGGCGGGCUUUCGUCUUCACUUUCUCUUUCCAUUUUCCUGCUUCCGCUGCCGCGGGUCUUCAAAUACAGCCUCCUUGGGACAGAUGUUCGGCCUCCUCCCAGACCCCCUAGCCCCGGGGGAAAGAUGAAGCCCAGGGGCAGCCCUCUCUCCGCCCAAGAGCCCAGCGCUUACCAAGCGGGGUCCCUGGCCCCUCACCUUCCCCAGGGCAGGACAUGGGCCCCGGAGUAACCCCCGCCAGCUGGUCCCAGAGUCUGGGAGGGUUUCCGUGCUCCCCUUUCCCCCACCCUGCCCUGCAUGCUCUACACAGCCUGGCGCGGGCCCUGCUCUUCCCUGCCUACUGGGCCCUGGACCGUCUUCUGGUCUGCUGUGUGCCCACUCCCUCCCUCCAGGGGCCUGGGCAUUUUCUAGGCGCUCUGCUAGGAGGUUUAGCUUCUCUGCUGCUGCUGCUGGCUGCCCUUCCGCUGCUGCUCCUGGGCCUGCUGCUCUGGUUACCUCUGCAGUACUGGCGACGGCCUUUCUGCUACCAGCCGCCUCCUGGGAACUGGAUGCCCCCCUCACCCUGGUGUCCCACCUCAGAUCCCCACCGAAGCUUCAGCUUUCUCAGCGCCAACCUCUGCUUGCUGCCCGAUGGCCUCGCCAGAUUCAGUAACCUAAAGCACAGCCAGCAGCGAGCGGAGUGGACAGGCACUGCCCUGCUUAAGGGGGCCAGGGGACCAGGCUAUGGGGCCACAGGCUCUAGCCCACCCCAGGCCAGCUCCCUGGUAGGGCAGCUGGUAUCUGCCCUGCCAGGAAGCCUGGACUUUGUGUGCCUUCAGGAAACGUUUGACUUGCGGGCAGCAAGCAGGCUGGCCCAGCGCCUAGCAACCACUCUAGGCCCUGUGAUCUAUGAUGUGGGGACCACUGGCAUUCAUCCAGGGCCCCAGCUCAAGCUAAUGGGCAGCGGGCUCUUGCUGGUCUCCCGAUACCCUAUGCUGAACGCCUGCUUCUUGCCCUUCCCCAACGGCAGAAGGGAGGAUGCACUUGCCUCCAAGGGAUUGCUCUCGGUUCAGGUGCAGCUGGGCGUGCUGGACGGGCGCAGGAUUGUGGGCUACCUGCACUGUACCCAUCUGCAGGCCCCCGAGGAGGACUGGGCCAUUCGCUGUGAGCAACUCUCACUCCUGCUGAGCUGGGCGGAGCAGUUCGAGGCACAAAGGGACAAGGAGGACGCUGUCGCCUUCAGUGUGCUUAUGGGUGACCUCAAUUUUGACAACUGCUCCUCAGAUGAUGCCCAGGAACAAGAGCACAAGCUGUUCACCCACUUCAGAGAUCCCUGUAGGCUGGGGCCAGGCCAGGAUCAGCCCUGGGCCAUAGGAACAUUGCUGAGUGCCCCAACGCUGCAUUGCCCGGUGGCCUGUUGUCCUGAGAAACUAAAAAGUGCUCUGGAGCAGGAAGAUGGCAAAAACAUGUACCUUGCAGGCCCUCCCUCAGGGGGCCUCCCCUCAGAGUCCUGGCGAGGCAGAAGAAUAGAUUACAUCUUAUACCGGGAAGAGCCAAAUCCCCUUUUCGCCCACGUAAGUGCCCAGUGGAGUGCAUGGGUAGUUUGAGGGACAAGACUGGUAAUACUAAUCUAAUCCCAGAUGGGGCCAGGGGCAGUUUCCUCCUGGAGAAUGGGGGG